ACGAUCUACGUAAGAUCAGUAUAACAGGAACCAUAGUCACAGAUAGUCGACGAUCUGAAACAAUUGCCAAUAUCAACAUUUGUUACUAAUAAAUUAAAUUCUAUAACGUAAAGUUAUGGCUGAGGAUACCAGCGGUGACUAUGAUGUGAUGGAAUUAUCGAAGGCGGUGGAAUUGAUUUGUAAACAGGCAAAAGAUGUACAUAUCAAUGACAUAUCGAUCAAUACACUGGCGGAGCAGGUAAUAUGUAAUGCGAUAUCAUAUUCAAAGGAAUUUUAUCUACACAAUAAUUGUUUCGUGCGUCCUCUAACAUAUGUGACCGAUACAGUUAUAAAAGCGGAUUGGCUAUUUGUGUUACAUACAUUGAAUUUUUCACUCUGGUGUCCAAAAGGUACUGAGCAAUGGGAUUGUGGAGCAGAAGGAUUUCCUGGAUUAUGUAAUGCUAUGAGACGGGCUAUUUAUGAAAAGAAGCCUAUAUGGGAUCCUAACUAUUACACAAAGAUAACACGAAAUGAGUUAGAGUAUAUUUUACGAAGUAAGAAUAGCAAAACUACCAUUCCUCUUUUAGACGAAAGACUAAAAAUUUUACAUGAUGUUGGAGAAAUUUUGUUGAAAAAAUAUCAAGGCACUUUUAUGGAAUGUAUCAAAUUAUCCGAAUACGAUGCAAAUAAAUUGUUGAAAUUACUUUUCGAUGAAUUCGAGUCAUAUCGAGACGAAGUAAUAUACAAUGGCAAAAAAGUUCGUUUUCUUUGCAAAGCGCGGUCACUAGUAGCCGAUAUAUGGGGCAUCCCUGAGAAUAAAUUUAAUCUGGAUACAAGGAAUAUGAUAUCUACGACGUUCAUUGAUUAUCGUAUUCCCCUAUUACUUUUUCGGUUUCGAAUUUUGAGUUACAGUGACACACUCUUGAAGAGAUUUGAAAAUAAUGAACCGCUUGAGUUUGGAAGCAGAGAAGAAAUUGAGAUACGUGGUUGCUCACUUUUCGUUAUGCAAAAAAUAUGCAACGAAGUGCAUAAUAGAAUAAACCAGCGUUACAAAGCAGAUGAACGUAUUUUAAAGAUAAAAUCAUUGGAUAUACCGGUUAUGGUCGAUAAUUGCUUUUUGAGAAUGAUGUUUUAUGACAAUAUAUCUUUCCAGCAAUCUCCAUUCCAUUAUAUUAAGACUUUGCAUUAUUAAAACAAUAAGCAAUAUCCAUUUUAUUAUA